ACGCGCGCUGAUUGGCUGGAGAGCGGCCGGAGGGAGGGCGAUUGCCUCUCGAGCUUUGCUGCUCUCUCAUUGGCUAAUCCUGUACCAGCGGCCAGAGGCUCGGACUUGUCGCCUCCUGUUUUUACCCUCCUUAGAGUAUUUUUUUUCAGAUAUCAUAUAUAAUACAUAAUUGUAUAAUAUAAUUAUUAAGCAAAAAACGAGAUGUCGACAAAAAUUCCAAAAUUGAGCACCAGGCCCUCUGCUAAAGCUCCCAACUCAAGCAGGGGAGGUCUUCAAGCCUCAAAAAAAGACGAAAUUCCAACAGAAAUACGUGUCCAGAAUAAUUUAGAUGAAUUUCUAACAAGAAAAGUUGAGGCUGAACACAGCUGCAGAGGCCUUGAAGAAUCCAUAAAAUUGUUGGAGCAAAAGAUACCUAGUAUAAUUGAAAUGCAAGAAGCAGAGGAAAUUGCAUUUAAAGAGAAAAUUCAAAAGACGUUGCUUUUAGAGGCAAAAGGUUUGCUUUGCCAAAACCAGGCAGAUAUUUGCAAAGAAUUAGUCAAUCAGGCUGCUAAAAUAAAUCAGAAGCUAUCUUGCAAGUUAUCUGAUGAAGUUUCUUCCCCUGAGCAGUCUCUUGUCUUCAACCACAACACCAAGCAGCUAGAGAGUUCUCUCAAAAAACUAAAUUAUUUUUUACAGAGUUUGCUGAGAAGAUGUUUGGUUUCCACUGAAAGCUCUGUCUCAUCACAAGCAAUUAAGGACAUGGUUAAAAAUUUCUCAUGCCAAGAAAGGUUGCAGUACAUUCAGGAAAUCCAGGACGAAGUGAAAAAUGAGGUCUCAAACUAUGUCGAUUCAAUUGAUUUAGAGAGGGAUGCUCAAAAACUUAGUGAAGAAUUGGAAAAGCUGGAAAUUGGCAAGGUAGCUUUGGUGCCCUUAGAAAAUCACAUCAAAGACUUUGCCAUCAAACAAGCGAGAGCAGUUUUAGAUGAGCAGGAUUUGAUUCACGAAAACAACAAGCUCGAGAGACAACUCCAAGAGCUUUUGUUGAACAAUCCAGACAUGGCGUCAGACGCCAAGGCUGUCUUGGAUGUUGAGCAGACUGAAAUUCUACAAAAGCACUUGAAUGCGUUGUCUUUGGAAAACCACGAGUUUAGCCACAUUGAAUCCGAGCAAGAGCAAAUGCUCAAAAAAAUAAUCAGCUUGCACAAAAAAUUGGAGGAACUAAGGUACAGUGUGAUGAAAGAUUUGAGCAGUAUGGAGAGUAUUUCCACCCACCAACAAAAGCUUGUUGAUGAUAUGCACGAGAUCGACAAGUCCUGCACUGAAUUUGGAAAAAUGCUUGACAUAGAGAAGCAUAAUUUGGCACUAAUCAAGAUAUUGUGUUCAACCCCUAUGAGUCUCACUAAGAUCAAUACACAAUCAGAGCCUGUUACUGCGGAUUUGGCCGGCGCAAAAGCCAUGCUAAGACAACUGGAAAUGCAGCAGAAACACGAAAAGCUGUGUCUUCAAGAACAAUCGGAGGCAUUCACCACGUUAAAAAUCAACAUGGGCAUACACAGGGAAACUCUAAAGCGUGAAGCUGCAGUAGUUCAGAAAAAUGUUUGCGAGGCUCAAAAUCUCUACCUAGAUCACGCGAGUGCUCCAAAAGAGUUCAAUGAAAAACUACAAAAUUGGAAGGAAAACGCGGUGGAAAAGAUGUUGGCAGAGGAUACGACGAGGAGUGUGAAUGAUUUAGCUCUGCAGGAAUGGAUUGAUCUUUUUACUGAAAGCUUUCCUGAGAUCAAUUGUCUUUCUGAAGGAUUAGUUCACAACCCUUAAAAGCAUUUGACUGCUAUUUGUAAAAAUGUUGAAUUUUGACAAAAAAAACUAUCAAAUUGAAUUAAUUUGGCACAUUUUUGUGUUUAUAUUAAAUACUAAUAUUUCAAUAAAAUUAGAUAUUGGAUAAUAGAUUGUUAAAGUAAUCAUUGGCGUGC